UUUACCAUGGCAACUAGAGCCGCGUACUUUUCCCCGUCGGAAGCACAAAUCCUCAUGGAGGCAUACGAGGAGGUAAAAGAUAUAAUUAAGAAGAAAGGCAACACCGCCACAGUGAUAAAGCAAAGAGAAAAAGCGUGGCAAAGUAUUGCAGACCGCCUGAAUGCAUUAAACAUGAACGGGCCAAAACGGACAUGGCAGCAGGUCAAAAUCAAAUACAAAAACAUUCUGCAGAAUGCAGUGAAAAAGAAUACCCACAGACAAGGCACGGGUGGUGGGUCACCAAAGGCUGACCUUACCCCAGCAGAGGACAUGGCCUUGGAGCUAAAUAAAGGCAGGCCCGUCUUAGAGGGGAUCCCUGGGGGGAAAGAGACGAGCAUAGGUUCCUCCCAAGAUGCCACCCGCUUCAUUCAAGUGUCUGGCAGCACUGUGUUCCUGUUAGAGCCACCAGCACAAGCACCAGACUAUGCUGAUCCAGGUGAAGGCCCCAGUGCAGCAGCAACAGCACAUGAUGGAGACGAUGAUGAUGAUGAGGAGGAGACCAUCUCUCUGGAUUCCAGAAGGCAUGAGGACCCAGAUGCUAUACAGUGGGAAAACCAGCCUGGCAACAUAAGCUCACAAGCUAUCAGAAAGUUGUAUGGCAACCACCUCCGGCGCCAAAUAGAACUGGCAGACAUAGACAUUCAGUACAAGAAGAAAAAGAUGGAAAAUCUUGCACUGGAGUUCGAAAUAAAAAAGAGGACAAUUAGGAAACUGGACCUUGAAAUAAAAAAACUUGAGAGGGAGCUCCAAGAAGAUGACACAGCUCAAAAUAAAAAUUAGGUAUAUUCUCGUAAAGUCAAGUGAGCCAUGACAUAUGAGCUCUUAUUGUGAGCACACAGGACGGUGGCAUCUUUCUAAGUUUUUUUUUAUUUUCCCAGCAAUCAGUACAACCAAGUCAUCGUUAUAAGGCAUCGCCCUCUUUUGCCCACCCCCCCAGCACCAGGUGUGGCCACUAGCCUAUAUGAAGGCCCAAAAUUGUGUGUUCCUUUCUGCUCUGACAAUGGCAUGCCCAUUCGUGCGAGAUGUGGUGGAUGAAGAAGCACUUGUGCUGAGGAGAGCCUUCAGGCGAGAAAGGGUCUUCAGGGACCGGUUGGACGCACUGGCCUUCCCUGAUGACCAUCUAUAUGAAAGAUACAGGUUUUCUGCAGAUGGCAUCAGGUAUCUAUGCAGACUACUGGGUCCCAGGAUUAAGCACCGCACUGCACGGAGCCAUGCACUGAGUGUGGAGCAAAUGGUUUGUGUGGCCUUGCGCUUUUUUGCUAGUGGAGCCUUCCUGUACUCAGUGGGGGAUGCAGAACAGCUGAACAAGGCCACAAUUUGCCGCACAAUAAGGAGUGUGUGUGUCUGGCUAUCAAAGCAUUAGCAGAUGUCUUCAUCUCCUUCCCUGGCCACAGAAGACUCUGUGACAUCAAAGAGGAGUUCUAUAGGAUUGCAGAUGGUCUGCAAUGCUGACUGUGUGAUCAGCAAUGUUGUGGCAAAAUGGCCUGGCUCAGUCCAUGACUCCAGAAUCUUUCGGGCCUCUGAAAUCUAUCACAAGGUGAAUUCUCUGGUGUGUUGCUGGGAGACAGGGGGUAUGGCUUUCACAGACCCCCAGGAAGCACAGCAGGCCUACAACCAUGCCCAUGCCAGGACCAGGGCCAGAGUUGAAAUGACCUUUGGCCACCUGAAGGCACGCUUUCACUGCCUUCACAAAUUAAGGGUCAGCCCUGUUAGGGCAUGUGAUAUUACUGUGGCUUGUGCUGUCCUCCACAAUGUGGCCUGCCUGAGGAAGGAGAGGGCCCCCAGAGUGCCACCAGCCAUGGACUGGGACAAUCCGGCAAUCUUCCCUGAUGACGACAGUGGUCGGCUGCUGAGGGACCAAUAUGUGUUGAAUUAUUUUAGUUAGUAUGUGUGCUUUCAAUUUUGGUUAAAUAUGUCCUGCGGUGGCAGAGGAAUUUGGUUUUUUUGGGGUUCGUUUUUUGACGAAUUUGGCCUCUUAUGAUGUUUGUGCGGUAUACUGUGUGUAAUACAAGGCUGCAGGGAGGCUACUGCAUCCAUUCAUUUGUCUGUUCAGUUGAUGUGUAUGGAUUUGUCCUGCAUUUAUUUUAGUGUGCAGACAUGCAGGGUGUGUUAUAUACAGACCUUUGAAUGUGUAUGUAUCAUUUUGUAUAAUAUGCUUGGAUUCUGUGCUUUCCAUCUUGUAGAGUCACUGUGACUUCAGUUUCGAAAGGAGCUGAUGGUUUACCUGCUUUGUUUUGUCCUUAUUCAAUAAAGGAACAUAAUGUUACACAUUGUGUUUUUAUAUUCA